AUGACUAUACCUCCAACUACAUUAUUCCCCUCUGAACUAUUGAUUGACAAUCAAUACUUUAAUAAUGAGGGCAUUCAAUUUAGACCAUUACAAUUGACAGACUAUGACAAAGGAUUCUCUGAACUGUUGCAACAGUUGACAGAGGCCAAGUUUGAUAGAGCCAAGUUUGUUGAACGAUUCCUACAGAUGAAGAAAGAGAAUGAUACAUACUUUAUAGUGGUGGCAGAGGAUGUCAACAAGAAGAGAAUCAUUGCCACUGGUUCAGUUGUAAUCGAGAAGAAGUUCAUCAGAGGUUGUGCACUAUGUGGUCACAUUGAAGACAUUGUAGUGGACCAAACAUAUCGUGGAAAGAACCUUGGUCUAAAGAUCAUUGAUCAGUUGAAGCAUAUUGGAUCCCAAUUGGGAUGUUACAAGCUGAUCCUGGACUGUGAAGAUAAGAACCAGAAGUUCUAUGAGAAGUGUGGAUUCGAGAGGAAGCAAGUUAUGAUGGCAUUAUAUUUGCCACGAGCUAAACUCUAA